GGCAGCGGCACUCUGGCGCUCCCCUCACCCCUCCCCGGGGAGGGAGAUUACGUAGUGCGGGGUUGGUAUUCCCGGAGCGGUGUGGGGGUGUUGCUGUGCCUUGUGGUUGGCUACGUUGUUGGCGUAGUGGCCGUAGUUGGCGUAGCGCUAGCUGCGGCGGCUGUGGCGGGGAGCAGCGGUGGCUUUGGCGGCCGUGCGAGGCGAGGGCAGACGGUGCGAGCGGGGACCUGGCCGGUACCGGGCCGCAGGUCGGUGGAGAGGCUGACCUGAAGACCUGUAUCAAGUUGUUGCACAAGAGGAGGGGAUAGAAACUGGAACCUUUAUGAAUGUGCUGCCCACAGACUUAAGCCUUCUUCAGAGACCCAAAAUGACUUCCCACAAGAAAUGCCUUCUGGAGGGCUUGUGCUGAAGACUGAGCACUGCAGCCUCUAACUGGAACAGCUCCUGCUGGUCUGGAGCUGAGACCAACUUCUCUCCCUCGCUUUUCCCUUGGAGAUGUUGCAGAGAUUUAAUCUGACCUUCUCGCCUGAAGCUUACCGUGGCAAUGAUCCCACAGCCAGAUCCGACCACCAAAGAGAGGAGAGUUGUGUGUUUGAAGCUGGGCCGUUGUUGUAACUGAACUGGAAUUUAUUCCCUGCUUGUGCUUCUGGAACGAGUGCCGUUCCUCUGCUUGCGUGUGUGUGUUUUGAGCUGCUCCUCCCUGGUCUUGUUUGGAAUUCCUGGCCCUUCCACGCUGAAUUUGCCCAUGGCUUUCCUGAUGAAGAAGAAGAAAUUCAAGUUUCAGACAAGUUUCACCCUCGAAGAGCUGACUGCUGUCCCCUUUGUGAAUGGGGUUCUGUUUUGCAAAAUUAGGCUGCUAGAUGGAGGAGACUUUGCAAGCUUAUCUACCAGAGAGGAAGUCCAGGAAAACUGUGUGCGCUGGAAGAAGAAAUUCACCUUUGUGUGCAAGAUGAGUGCCAACCCGGCCACAGGACUCCUGGACCCCUGCAUCUGCCGAGUGUCUGUCCGCAAGGAGCUGAAGGGCGGAAAAACCUACUCAAAGCUGGGCUUUGCUGACCUAAACCUGGCAGAAUUUGCAGGCUCUGGAUCCACUGUGCGUUGCUGCUUGCUGGAGGGAUAUGACACGAAGAACACCCGACAGGACAACUCCAUCCUGAAGGUCACAAUCGGAAUGUCCCUGCUCUCAGGGGACCCCUGCUUCAAAACGCCUCCUUCCACCGCCAAAUCCAUCACCAUACCAGGACAGGACUCUACCCUGCAGCUGACUUGUAAGGGUGAGGGAACCACCAGCAGCAGCAGCAGUUCAGCCACAAUUGGCUCUCUGCGUCAGACCAAGCCAAGAGCUACCAUUCUCAGCUCGGGUGUCCCAGAAGAACCAGAUCAGAACCUGUCCAGCCCAGAGGAAGUCUUCCACUCGGGGCACUCACGGAACUCCAGCUACGCCAGCCAGCAGUCCAAGAUCUCUGGUUACAGCACGGAGCACUCCCGCUCCUCGAGCAUGUCCGACCUGACGCACCGCCGGAACACCUCCACCAGCAGCAGUGCGUCCGGAGGGCUCAGCAUGACGGUGGAGUGUCCCGAGGGGGAGCGGGACCACAAGCCGGAGAAGCCACCUCGCCCCCCUAGACCAGCCCUUCUGAUGGAUAGACCUUCCCGGAGGAAAAAGGAUACGGUGGAGAGUCACCCAACCCGAGUGGAUGACACCAGGAUCGAUGCUGAUGACAUAGUGGAAAAAAUAAUGCAGAGUCAGGACUUCACAGAUGUCAGCAAUACUGAAGACAGUAACCUGAGAUUGUUUGUGAGCAGAGAUGGAACAACUACAUUGAGUGGUAUUCAGCUGGGAAACAGGGUCUCAUCUGGAGUUUACGAGCCAGUGGUGAUUGAAACCCACUAAAUGUGAAGAACAGGGUAGAGCUGCUGGAAACAGGCCCCCUACCCAGUCCGCUGCCACAUGGAUGCCAACCUUUACCUCUCAUCAUCCAGCAUUCCAGAAGGGAUUUCUCCAUGCCCCUCCCCAUAUGUUUGCACUGCAGAACUACUCUGAGACCACUCCAGAUCAUGCACUUUCCCUGUGUUGGCAUUUCCCUUCUCUGCUUCCCAAUUCUUCCAGUGCCUGCCUUCCCCCUGUUUCUGAUUGGACACAAGAUGUCCUAGAGGAUGUUGCUCAUCUUCAUCCCACUCUGCACCCAUUCACUUGCAACAGGGGACUUCUCAGCUUCUAUCUCCCCAGAACAUUGGGUUUAUACCACUGUGAACUCUUCAAACCACUGGGGGAGGGGGAACCAUUCUAACCAAACCAAGAGCUGCUUGUUGGUGACACAGUGAAAUGGCCACUUGCAGGAUGCUUUAUUCCAUUGACUCUGCAAGGGAAUAUCACCUUCCAAGGCAACGGUUUAACUGAACAAGGUAUGCUAUGGUGUGCACUUCACCUUCCUCACCCUCAAAUCCCCAGACAUCCUCUUCUCAUAGGAAAUAGCUCCCAAAAGUGUGUUUCAGAAGACUACCACAAUGCAAGUGGGAGCUGAUCAAUGGUUAACUGCUAGUGCUGUUGUACCACUAACUGCAUUACACCCUUCCACUGCUGGGCAUGGAAGGGCAGCGUUCACCUGUUAGCAUUAGCAGGAGCACUUUAGAGGUUCCAGAUUUUACCUGGAAGGGGCUUCUACCUGCUGUUCCAGAAGCGUUCUCCCUGUUUGCUGGACUGAUUCAGCAAAUGGUCACUGGUGGAGCUUGGAAUACAAAGCCUCUUUUUUUUUUUUUUUUUGUUUGGGUGGGUUGUUGUUUUCCUUUUUGGCUCAGGAAGGGCUCUGCUGCCCUUCUUGGACUGUGAAAUAAUCUGGUUCUCUGAUAGCCCUCCCCUGGGCCAGAGCAGGAUGCGGUUGGCUGUGGUGGUCAUUCUGUUGUGGCAAUGGUUAAAAAUUGCCUCUCCUGGCCUGGGCCAGUAAGGGGAUUGGUGUUGGCUAGCCUUUGUUGCCCUGUCAGCAGGGAUCUGUGCCUGAGCUGAUUCCUUCUGGGGCUGGGGAGAAGCCACUGUCCCUGCCUUCAGAGGCAGAAUGGGUGUUUUCUGGUGCAUUAGCCACAGCAGCUGCUCUUACCUGCUCUGUGGCAAGUGAACUCUUCUGACAAGGCUUCAAACUGUUUUCUGGUUGAUCUUUCAAAUGUUGUUCUUUGGGUUUGGUUUCUGCAGUUGUUUGAUGACACUUCAGCUGCCUCUUCUUUGCAGUGUGUGGCAGAGAUGUUGGUCCCUUUCAGCUCCCACUUAGAGAUUCUCCUGGCAGCUGAGUUUCAAACAAGGAUCCAGGCAGAGUCCUGCCCUGGGCUGUCAGCAGGCUGUGCUUGCAGCCCUUCCUGUACAGGGACUCCCAGCCUAUAAGCUACUUCUGUGAGGUGCCCUUUCCUCUUUUGCCAGUGUACUGUAGUAGCACUCAGUGGCCAAGCACUUGAGCAGUGGCAUGAUCCUGGGCAUGGCUGGGAACAUGCCCUCCUGACACACGUGUGCAGGCACAGGCACACACUCAGCAAGGAAAAGACUUGUAACUGGUCACAUUGGUGUCCAAAUCCUUGGUUCUUGUAAAGCCUUUUCCUUAAAGGAGAGGGAGGGAAAAAAAGGAUUGAUUAUGGUCUCUGUGGCCAGAAUGCAUGCAGAUGAGCUACUGGAAAAGGGAAUUGGGCAGAAUGAGAAACAAGGAAUGAAAGGGCCAUGGUUUAUAGAUUUUAUUUUCUUUCUUGCCCUGCUAACUCAUGUUGGCUGCAUGAGGACAGUGCUAGGCAGCGUGGCAAAGCUAUACAACUGCUUCCUCUGUUGCGAUGGUUUCUCUCUUUGAGUCAAGAGGUUUCUUUCUGUAUUUGGACAGACCACCUGUAGGUUGCAGAUCUCUUUCACUGUUUCCCUUUAAAGGAAAUUAAAUUUGGAUUAUGAUAAGAAGGAGCUACAGAUAACACCUUGCUUUGGUUUAGUGUUGGGAAGAAGCAUUGGGUCUUUUGAGUUUGUCUAGAACAAAAGCUCUUUUACACUCGGUGGUGUUUUUUAAUGGUGAUCUCUUCUAAAUUCAGUCUGGGUAGGUUUGGCACUCGCUAGCAGGCUGGUCAGCAUCCUGCCCUGUUCCUAGGAUGCUGUGUGUCUGCAGGAAAGGGAGAACUGCUCCCUUUUCUCUCUCCCUGGGGUUCUGCCAGAAAGCCAGGCCUGGCCUGACCCCUCCGCUCAGGUCAGAGUGAGGGCAGAAGCAGGCUCAGACAGCAGUGAGUGUCCCUGCCCUGACUGUAGAUGGCCACAAGAGUCAGGCUGCUCCCCAGUACAGAGUGUCUGCAGCUCUCUGUGGGCCACUGAAGACUCUCAGGAAACUGGGUCCAACUAGGACUUGAAAGGAGCAAAAAAACAAACCAGGAAAGAGGCCAAAACUCGGCUCACUACUUCUACUUUGCUUCUGUUCCCAUGAAAAACAAUGACAGUCACUGUCAGAGCAGUUGGGAGCUCGAGGCUUACUUCUGGGCUCCCAUUGGCAAGAGUCAGCUGCUCCAAGGCACUGGCAGCGCAGCCUGUCACGAAAUCCCUAGUGGGAGAAGGGAGGGAUCUCUUCCCAGCGAAGCAAGAGAGGCAUCUGAGCUUUUCAGAAGGCUGGUCUCAUCUUCCCAGGCUGGCAAAGGUGUAACCUGCUCUAUCAAGUAGCUGUGGCCGACCUGGGCAUGUCUCUGGCUUGCUUCUCUUCGAGUGGCUUGGCACAUCACUGCUUGUGUUUUUGAUAGCUCUGUCCCAUAGGGUAUCUCUUUCUUGUCUCCAUGUUAUUGUUGAUUCCACAGAUCUUGGUCUUUAUGUAGCCUUUUGGCUCUCCUACUCCUCGUUGUGAAUCAGAGAGCAGCCCUGGCCUUUCAAGCCUGGCACAGCACGGCCAGGGCUGGAGCACCCAGACACAGCAGACCCAGAGGGAGGAAGCAGCAGUCUGUUCCCGUUUCUAAAUCCCACCCAGAGCCCUGCUGCUCGUCCAUCACAAGUGAUGCCCAGUGGUCCCUGGCCAGUGCUGGGCACAGGAGAUGGUGGUGAUGGAAGUGGGGUCCUUGCCCCACGGACUUACUGCCGCCUCUCGGGCAGCUGUGUCUGGUGAGCACUUUCUCCCUUGUGGCAUCGCUGCCAUCUGUUCCUUGUCGGACUCAGUACAUUUAAGUGAAUCAGUUUCCAGACCCAGACCAUUGGCUGCUUUCCUUUGGGGUUUGUUGUGUUUAGUUUUUUUUCCUUCUGUCGUGAAGUUCGUUGAAUACAUUUUGUUUGGUUUUUUUUUGUUGUAAACCCAGCAGGCUGGAGUUACUUCAACUUCUUCAUUAUUGUUUCAUUGAUAUUUUAUUCCUGGGGGGGCUGAGGGGGAGACUUUCUUUCCUAGAUUGUUCCCCUUCUCAAAGGAUUCAGAGGUGGCUUAAGCAAGUUAAAAGGCAUUUAUUGGCAAGACUCUGUGUCCCCGGGGCCUCUGAUGCGGGCGAGCAGAGCUGCUCAUGCCUGGCUGACCCUGCAGAGCAGAGCUGGCUCUCUGCUCUAGCUCAGGGCCAGGUGGAACGUGUGGGCUCUGCUCUCCCAGUUUCUGGACUUUCAGUUGGUGGAAGCCCAUUGCAAAGAGUUGGGACAUUCAGUGUAACUUUUCUACUAACUUUGUUUUUUAAACCAGUAUAAACUGAGUGAAUGUCCAAAAGAAUAGGCUUGGUUGUGACCUGGUGAAGGAGGUGGGUUUCAGUUGGAAAUUGUGAUGGGAAAAGGGAGAGAGGAACAUUGCUCCUCCUCCUUCUUCUUUGGCAUGGUUGGCACUUUAAAUGGGGGCCUUUCUGCUGUCCUGACCCUCGGUGCGACGGGCAGCAGACGUGUGUGAUCUCUCCCCCUGCACUGCCACAUCGCUUUGCCCCCCGCAGAAAGUCAGCAAGCCCUUGGAAAUGUCUGCUCCCAUUUUCAGAGGGUUCCGAGCCAGGCCCAGACCUGACAAAUACCUGUUUGGUUCUCAUCUUAGUAGGAGGGGUUGACUUUUAAUUUAUUUUGUCGUUGCUGUUUCUUUUUAAACUGGUGGCUGUGCGGCUGGACCCUGCACACGCCGUUGUGAACCUCUGGGAAAACCUCAUUCCAGGUACGCUAGAGCACCUAGGUGAAAGCCCCCUCCCGGAGAGGGGUCCCCGCUCCCCUUCUCCCUGCCUUACCCAGGAGCUGCAAAUUCACUCUCUGCCCCUCCUGCCCCCGCCCUAGUCUCUACCUGAGCGAGUUCUUGCUCCGGUGACUGAGCCCUCUGGACAAGGCUGGUCCUCAGGGGCGAGUUCCUGCAAACACUGCCUGGUCGCAGAUGUUUGUCCUUACAAAGCCACUUCGUCACUCGGUGGGGGAUAACGAACGCAAGUUCCACCCCCCAGCCCCCUCCCGCUUCCCUCCUGAGAGCUGUGUCGUCUGUCAGCCCACCCGCACCAUCCCAGCCUGACGCCCGCCACAGCUCCGCGUCGCUUUGCCCCUGCCCUGCGGGGAGGGAGCGGACGUGGACACCUGGGAAAGGAAAAACGGAAUCUGGCUGAAGCUGUGAGCGAGAGGCGUGGCUGAGCCUGGCGACUUGCCUCGAACGCAGGCAGAAAGCAGAGCCCCUGUUUUUGGGGGGGAAGGGGGACGGCGGUUUAUUUUCCUGCAAGCGAACUGAGCUGGGCUGCGGCACGCACUCGAGAUUUGUAUCAGAGUCUAUAGAGAGAUGGCUGGUAUUUUUGGAAAGGGAAUGGGUCUAUGCAAACUUCCAAAGUUGCUUGAAAAGAUAGUUUAACCUUUUUUUUUUUUUUUUUUUUUACUUUUGAAAAGCUAAAGAUAAAUCUAACUUUUUUUCCUUAAAAGCAGAAGUGCGUAUAGAAAGAGAAGCUACUUCCACUGCUCUAUUUUCAUGAUGAUGAUGAUGAUACUUGGAAAGUUUGGGCUGGAGGGAAUGACUAUUUUUCACCGUUUUUUAUCUUGCUCUCCUCUAGUUUUGGGGGGUUUUUUUGUUUCUUUUUCUAACGGAAUGCUGUGCCGUCUUUGAUUCAACAGAUCGUGUUUGUAUUUUCUGUAUCUGGUUCCUAACGUAGAGAAAUAACAUAUAUGAGGAAAUCAAUAUAAUGUCAAAUGUUGUUAUGGUUUUGGGGGGAAAAAUAAAGGGUUUUUUGGUACUUCA